AUGCUCGUCUUGUUUCACGAGCAUUACAAAGUUCGCUACGUGCCCCGCGGUUUGGGCUCGUGGCUAUUCUACCUGCUCUGCCUCCUCAUUAUUCUGGUGGCGCCGGUGUUUAUUGGACUCGCAAUGGGGAACUUUUGGCCGUUGCACGGCGACUUUACGCAGAGGCCGCGGGUUCAUUUUACUGACCGCUGCGUCCUGCGCUACACCACCGUUGGGGGGCAGGAAAAGCUUUGGACCUGCUCCAACACCUUCAAUGAGGAAUUUAUUGAAGACCAGCCGGCGUUGGCGGUGCUUCCAUUUUUCUCCAUCUACGAAGACGAUCAUGACGGCGAUGGUCGUGUGGACGUCGUGACGAUGGUUCUCAGUUUACCCAUUAAUGCGCUGAAUAACGGGGGGGCGGAGGGCACAUCACCGUCUAAAUUGAAGGACGCUGUUUUUAGGGUGGAUUUCCUUCCCGAGUUUUUCUACGAGGUCGAUCACUACCUGCUGAAGCUUAAGAUGCGGACAGCGGCGCUACUCAGCUUUGAAGGUCCCACUUGGGUGCCUAGAGGGGGAGGGGGGCCACUUGCCGCCAUUACAGAGGGCGACCUUCUAUUUCAUUCCACAGAGCCCCUUAUCGUCUCCCCAAAUGUACACUACACGCGGACAUACAUCGAUAGCCCCUUCGACAACGUGACGGACAUAGAUGAACUGCUUAACGUGCCUCUGUUUGCCGGUCAAUACACCAUGCGGAAUCAGUCCGUGCAGUUUAAACCCCACGUGGAGUCCGCCGGUGGACUUGCCCUGUUGCGCGAUGAUAACUACUGCCGUGCGAUUGGUGAAGAUUUAGAUGCCUUGGAUGAUUUCACGUGGCGCAUUAGGAUACGCAUUCAACAUGCGGAGGUAAAGUACGUUCCGUCAACUCAGGAGGCCCUAAAGUGGGCCUGGGUGCAGUAUUUCUCUAUUGCCUACAUUCUGCAAUGGUUGUUGUGGAGGCUGCGUGGCGUCCUGGUGAAGAUGGGUGUGUUAAGCACCACAGCCUUUUUUCACCGUAGCUGGAAGUCCAGUUAG